AUGCUUCAACAUAAAAUAAGCUUGUAUUAUUUUGUUUUAAUUUUAAUUAAUUUGUUUAAUUAUUAUAAUGUUUAUUGUGAAGAAACUUGUGAAAAAUCGGAUCGUGGAGAGAUGGAGUGUACGGAAAUGGAAAAUUUGUUUUCCGAAGAGCUCAAUGCUGCUUUGAAAGUGCUAGAUUUGGACGAAACUUUAAUUCACUCGCAUCAUGAUGGUGUCGUAAGACAAACCGUAAAGCCUGGUGUUCCAGCUGAUUUCAUCCUAAAAGUAACCAUUGACAGACACCCAGUGCGGUUUUUUGUACACAAAAGGCCCCACGUUGAUUUCUUCUUGGAUAUUGUAUCUCAAUGGUACGAGCUUGUGGUUUUUACAGCCAGCAUGGAAAUAUACGGGGCGGCAGUAGCCGACAUACUAGACUCUGGCAGAAACAUUUUGCAUAGAAGAUAUUACCGGCAACAUUGCACUCCAGACUUUGGCUCAUACACUAAAGAUUUGAGCGCUAUUUGCAGGGAUCUUUCUAGCGUUUUUAUUUUGGACAAUAGUCCAGGGGCUUAUAAAGCGUUUCCUGAUAAUGCUGUGCCAAUUAAGUCAUGGUUUUCGGAUCCUUCGGAUGUGGCUUUGCUGAAUUUGCUUCCUAUGUUGGAUGCACUGCGUUUUACAGUUGAUGUAAGGCUAAAUAUUUUGUGUUGUACCAUUUUGUUUUUGGUAGAUGUUCUAGUCUUCACAGUUGCCACAAACGAAACGGACGGUUUCAGACGUUACCUGGACUCGGCCAAGAAAUUCGGCAUCGAACCCCUAGUCCUAGGAAAAAACGAAAAAUGGAAAGGGGGCGACAUGCAUGGCCCCGGGGGCGGCUGGAAAAUCAACCUUUUGAAGACUGCUUUAGAUAAUUACAAAGAUCCCGAAGACGAUAAAAUCGUCUUAUUUACUGACGCUUACGAUGUGAUAUUUUUGGGCCAAAUGAGCGAAAUUAUAAGGAGGUUUAAAAGUACCGGAGCUAGAGUACUUUUUGGGGCGGAGCCCUAUUGUUGGCCUAAUGUUGAAUUGGCUGUCAAAUAUCCUGAGGUUGAUAAAGGACAAAGAUUCCUCAAUUCUGGUAUUUACAUUGGAUAUUUACCAGAACUAAAACAAAUAUUAAACAGAGUUGAAAUAGCUGACAACGGUGAUGACCAACUAUUUUUCACUGAGGCCUAUUUGGACCAAGAAUUCAGAAACAAAACCGGUUUGAAAUUAGACCAUUUAAGUGAAAUAUUUCAAAACAUGCAUGGAGUUACAGAAUCUCUUGAAAUCAAAACUUUGGAAAACAAAGAUGCAGGACCUGAAUUAUAUUUCCUGAAAAAUUCCGAUACCGGCACUGAGCCUCUGAUAAUUCACGGCAACGGUUUGUCUAAACUCAACUUGAAUUAUCUAAGUAAUUAUUUGCCCAAUGGGGUUUGGAAUUCUCAGGAUGGUUGUACAAGCUUUGCUCAUUUGGACAACCCUUACACCUUGAAAUUGCUCAUUGAACAAAACCGGACAGUGGUAGCUCCAAUGCUGGUUAGACCUGGAAAAGCUUGGAGCAAUUUUUGGGGGGCUCUGACCAAAGAUGGAUUUUAUGCCAGGUCUAAUGAUUACAUGGAUAUUGUACAUCAAGAGAAAAGUUAUUAUGUUGGUACUCUUUGUUCUUGA